UCCUCAUGCAUAUGUCCUCAUGCAUAUGUCCUCAUGCAUAUGUCCUCGUAAUUCACAACAGAUUUGAGGAACCCUGAUCCAAUUGGCUCCGGCACCACCCUACCAGGUGACCUUACAGCGGGGGAGACGGGUAAGGAGACCCAGCCACAGCCUCCCCUGUCCAACAGUGCAUUGCACCGUGCCCACCUCCACCAUGUCCACCCCCAGCGGCAGCCCCGAGAGAGACUGCUCCACAGGGGGACCCAACCAUCUGGAGUGUCCCCCUUCCUCUCCCCCUGGCAUGGACCAUUCCAUGGGCAGCCCCCUCCUCAGCCCGGACUCAUCUUGCCAAGAUGCCAUGCUCUCGGCCCCCGCCGCCUCCCCCGCCGACUCUGAGAGCCUGAGCCCUGACGAGCUAGAGCUGCUGGCCAAGCUUGAGGAGCAGAACAGACUUCUGGAGGCGGACUCCAAGUCGAUGCGCUCGAUGAGUGGCUCGCGGCGGAACAGCGGCUCGUCCCUUGUGUCAAGCUCCUCUGCCUCGUCCAACCUGUCCCACCUGGAGGAGGACACCUGGAUCCUGUGGGGACGCAUCGUCAACGAGUGGGACGAAUGGAGACGCAAGAAGGACAAGCUGCUCAAGGAGCUGAUCCGCAAGGGCAUCCCACACCACUUCCGGGCCAUCGUGUGGCAGCUGCUUGGUAACGCCACAGACAUGCCAGUGAAGAACCAGUAUUCUGAGCUGCUCAAGAUGUCCUCGCCCUGCGAAAAGCUCAUCCGCCGGGACAUCGCCCGCACCUACCCCGAGCAUGAGUUCUUCAAGGGCCAGGACAGCCUGGGUCAGGAGGUGCUCUUCAACGUCAUGAAGGCGUAUUCUCUGGUGGACCGGGAGGUGGGCUACUGCCAGGGUAGUGCCUUCAUCGUGGGCCUGCUGCUCAUGCAGAUGCCAGAGGAGGAGGCGUUCUGCGUGUUUGUGCGUCUGAUGCAGGAGUACCGUCUGAGGGAGCUUUUCAAACCAACCAUGGCUGAACUAGGCCUCUGUAUCUACCAGUUUGAAUACCUGCUGCAGGAGCAGCUCCCGGAGCUGAACGUCCACUUCCGUUCUCAGAGUUUCCACACCUCCAUGUACGCCUCCUCCUGGUUCCUCACUCUCUUCCUCACCUUCCUCCCCAUGCCCGUCGCCACACGCAUCUUCGAUAUCUUCAUGUACGAGGGUCUGGAGAUUAUAUUUCGUGUGGGCAUGGCCAUUCUGCAGUACAACCAGACUGACCUCAUCCAGUUGGACAUGGAGGGCAUGUCUCAGCACUUCCAGAAGUUGAUCCCUCACCAGUUUGACAGCUGCCCAGACAAGCUGAUCCUGAGGGCCUACCAGGUCAAAUACAACCCCAAGAGGAUGAAGAAGUUGGAGAAAGAGUACACCACAAUCAAGAACAAAGAGAUGGAGGAGCAGAUAGAGAUCAAGAGGUUACGCACAGAGAACAGGCUUCUGAAGCAGAGGAUUGAGACAUUGGAGAAGGAAAGUGCUGCUCUAGCAGACAGGCUGAUACAGGGUCAGGUGACGCGGGCGCAGGAGGCGGAGGAGAACUACGUGAUCAAGCGGGAGCUGGCGGUGGUGAGGCAGCAGUUCAGUGUGACCAGUCAGAACCUGGAGAAAGCCCAGGACACCAUCGGAGAACUGCAGCGGGAGAAGUACACAGAGCAGUUUGUGACCGGUCUGCAGACGCAGCUGGAGCAGUCCCGGCUGCAGGAGGCAGAGAUACUGGGAGCCCUCAAAGAGAUGCAGGACAAAGUACUGGACCUAGAGAAGAGGAGCAGCUCUCUGCCUGAUGAGAACAACGUGGCCCAGCUGCAGGAUGAGCUGAAGCUGGUGAAGCUCCGAGAGCUGGAGACACUGCACUCCUUCAGAGAGAUGCAAGACACGGUGACCGAGCUCAACCAGCGCUGGCAGCUCCACAUGUCAAAAGGCGGUGGGGGUGGAGGUCACUGGAAGGAAUCCCCCAAGAAGAACGCCCUGAACGAGCUGCAGGAGAAGCUGAUGGGGGUGCGUCUGAGAGAGGCCCAGGCCCAGGCUGAACUUAGGGAGGUCAAACUCCAAGCCAUACAGCUGGAGAGCAAGAACCAGAUUCACAGCAAGCUGAUUGGGCGCCAUGAGGUGGAGAGCGCCGCCAUGCAGGAGAGGCUGCAGCAGCUGGCGGGCCAGAACAAGGGGCUGCAGUCCCAGCUCACCGAGAUGAAGAGGAAACGGGCCGAGCUCGACUGCAAGAGUAAAGAGGAGGUGAUGGCGGUGCGCUUGCGGGAGGCUGACAGCAUGGCCGCCAUGGCUGAGCUCAGACAGAAGAUAGCUGAGCUGGAGAUACAGAAGGAGGAGGGUCUGAUCCAGGGCCAGCUGAACCACUCUGACUCCUGUGUGUGUGUGUGUGUGCGCGUGCGUCUCAUCCCUGUCCUACAGAAGGAGGAGGGUCUGAUCCAGGGCCAGCUGAACCACUCUGACUCCAGGCAGUACAUCACCCAGCUUCAAGACCAGAUCGGAGAGCUCAAGAACGAGAUCAGGCAGCUCCGCGGGCAGCGCUCCAAGUUCGCCCCUAGUUCCCGGGACGGGGGCGGUGGCUACCCGGAUCUGUGUCUAGCUAGCCCCUCGUCGGCCGGAGGCGACUACCUGAGCUCGGAUGAGGACCUUCUCCCCAGCCCCAUCCCCCCCAAUGCCAUGUACCCUGCCCUGCCCCACCCCCACCCCUCGGCCAGGCUGGACAGCGAGGGCAGCACCGACAGCGAAGCAGAGGCCAACCCGGACCACCCCCACCACGGCCCCUCGCAGCAGCUCUACACUAGCAUGGUGUGUGCUGAGGUCCUGGACAACUGAGCCAUGGAGGUCCCUGGAACUACCUGGUCCUGACCUAGACUACUAAAGAUACUGUACUCUGCAUCUCUUUAGUAUUAGAGAUGCUGUACUCACCCCAACUUUAUUGUACUACUGUUCUCACCCUAAACUCCUACUGUAACCUGUAACGGACAUCCUCCCCUCCUCCUUCGCGUUGGUGCCAUGGUCUCUCCUCUUUUUGUCAUUCUCUUCUCUCCAUCUCCCCCUUUUACUUUUCUCUUCAGUUAUCCCUCUCUUUAUCUCCCUCUCUCUCCCUAUAUCACUCCCUGAAUCUCUUUCUCCUCUACAUUCUCACCGGCAGACCCUAUAUUCCCUAUGGGGGUAGAGUCAAUUCCAGUCUGAUUCCCCUCGCCUCUCCUGUCCUGUCCUUGCCAUUAGUUUCCACGCUGCUCUCCGGACCUGAGUGAAGAAAAGAUAACUUCAGUACGCUCGCUCACUGUGCAGCAAGCAUAUCCUAUCCGCACAGAAAGCCGAGAAAAUAAAAAGGAUUGAAAAUUGACCCCAAAAAAUUGCUUUCAACUUUCAAUACUCCAACCAUACCACACAGCAGUGACUAUGAGAUGCAUCGGACGUCACUUUGAUUAAAUGAUUCCCCUCAAGUUUGGAAGGACUUCCAUAUGGAUUUGGGAUCGGUAAAAGAUGAGAUGGAUGGAUGACUUGUUGGGCUUGACCCUGCUCGUACUGUACUGUCCCAUGAGCGAGAUGUGGAACACGCCGUCUCCCUCCAUCUCUCUCUUUCCUCCUCCUUUUCUCUCUCUCUCUCUCCAUCUCUCUCUUUCUGCCAUUCCAUCAUUCCAAGAAGUCCCAUUAGCCACAUGCACUGCCUGUUACAAUGGAAACAACCCUCCACUGUAACCUCACAAUGCACACAUCAAAAAAAUGAGAGCGAGAGGGAAGGAAGGAAGGAUAGAGGUAGGAAAGGAGUAUGGUAUGGACUUGUACACAUCAAUAUCAUAGGGAUGUUACUAGAUGACAUCACAUGCAUAGAUCAAUAUUAACAAUUUAUCUUACUGAAAUUGUAUGUUGUGUGUGUCUCAAUGCCUUGCAAAUGAAACAAGGCAAGUGAAUUACGAUGAUUCAUGUCAACAACAACAAAAAUCUCAACGUUGCCAAAUCUUUUUUUUUUCUGCUAUUAUUUAUGUUGUUAUUUAUUUUAAUCUUUUUUUUUAUAUAUCUCUACAAAUAUAAAUAUAUAGAUGGAUACCAACGGCGGCCAAACUUUAUACAUGUUUUAGUUCCCUUGGUCCUUUGUGCCAACUUGAAUCCUGAGGCUGAGGUGUCAACGGGCGGCGUCCGUGACGAUGCAUGUCAGAGAGACCGAACGAAUGCGCUGCUAUGAUUUCCCUCCCUGUCUUAUUUUAAGUUAUGUUCUAUCUGCUCAACAUGCAGUUGAACUUUACAACCAAUCCCUUAGGAAUCAGGUGCGAGUGCGAAAACUACUGUGAAGAAAUUGUUGAACGGUUAUGGCUAGACUUCAUAAUGAUGGCUACCUAUGACUUAAGCAUGACUUAAGUCGACUUAAGCAUGACUUAAGCAUGUGAGAAUACCCACACAUAAACAACUCCUUUUAUAAUCUAUUUGAAAUGUGUUAAGGAAUUUUUAAACCCUAAAAGCAGAUAUCAACACACAAGUGCUUGUAAGAGGACAGCAAUGGCUCAGUCAAUCAUUCAUUUUGUCUAAUGGUGAGGCUAGAGUUUGACUAGUUUGGGACGGAUUGGCACGUGUCCUUUAAAAGGCUGUGUGAGUGACGUGAAGAUGUUCAUUUUGAGUUACGGGGGAGAAAAAAUAUGAGAAUUUGUUGAAAUUGCCGAUCAGAGGCAAAAAUAUAUAUAAUUUACGAGCUACAAGUGUACUGAUCAGAUCAUCAUAAAUAUCACUAUCAAGUUGGACCAGGGUCAUCACUCUCUCUGUUCUGUUGUUCUCGUGUCAGUCAUGGUACUGUAUGAUGAAUUAUCAAUACCUCUCCUUCCAGAACAGCCGACACUGACAUCACUUCCUCUUUUUACUGCCUGUUACCAAUAGGAUUUAGGAAUGGAUGGAAACAUUCAGUUGAACGUGUUGACUGAAAAUGUCUGACUAUCUGAUGCGUGCUGUUACUACAGCUUCAGAUGGCUAUAAUGCACAGGUGUUAACAGACUGGGAGCAGUAUUUUUGCCUAGUAUAUACCUCACUGGCUAACUAUGUGGCAUAUCAUCCCAAUAGUCUUGAAUAUAUGACAAAUGCUUGUGAGAAUUAGCUUUAGCUCAGUCAUUAGCAGAGGGGAGACGAAUGCAUCGGCUUGGUGCCAUGUUUCCAAAGCAUUCAAAUGUUCUGUGUUUAUAUCAAUGGGACAGAGUUGAUCAUGGGAAUCGAUGAUGGCCGUCGAGAAAGAAGCUCCAUGUGGUUUCCAUAGAAACUCUAUAUAGAUGGAAGGAAAUGGAAGGAGCGUUGUCUUACUUCUGUGGCAGACACUUCACAUUUCUACAUUCUUACAACAGUGGAAGCGAAACGUAUGGAAUAUUAUUGAAUGAUACAAUAUGACAACCUGAGCGAAAGUAUUAAUAUAAAUAUAUCACAAUAAUAAUUGAGUUGAUUUGCUGAGGCAGACUGCAGGGGAUGUGUGGUAUUAUAUUCAAUAGGGUGUUAUAUAGAUCCUAAGAUUCUAGAUACAGAUCCUAAGAUUCUAGAUACAGAUCCUAAGAUUCUAGAUACAGAUCCUAGGAUUCUAGAUAUAGAUCCUAAGACUCUAGAUAUAGAUCCUAAGAUUCUAGAUAUAGAUCCUAAGAUUCUAGAUAUAGAUCCUAAGAUUCUAGAUAUAGAUCCUAAGAUUCUAGAUAUAGAUCCUAAAUAUAAAUUCUAGAUCUCCUCUUGACUUAAAGCAGUGAGUGCUGUCCUGGGAACAUGGGAGUGGAUGCUUGGAGUGGUUAGUGUAGCAAGCUAAGACUCUAUGCCACCAAGCCUAUGCAUCCCAACUUUGUAUCAUGCUUUCUGUUUUCUUAUGUUCAACUUAUGCCAUGCACUCAGAUUUGGCUGUGUGCCUGGCUUUUGUCGCACAAUGAUGCUGGAUGAAGGGGGAACCUGUCACCAACUGCCAAGGAAAUAAGGGAGCUCUUCCAAUGGGGUUCCACUGCCAUGUAGCCCAUCUUUCGCUCACUCAAGUAUUACAAAUAACCACCUUUUUAGAGGUUAAACCAGUGCAGCAGCUGAAAUCACUGUUGUCUGGUGUAACAUCCUGGACCAGUCAGUUACGGCGUUACUUUAGCAAUGGGAAGGAGUUCGGAUGCCAUGUGUUGUCGACCUGCGGUAGAGUAUAGUCUUGGUCAGUGGUGGAAAAGGUACUUGAGUCAAACCUGAGUAAAAGUAAAGAUACCUUUUUUGUAAUAGACAAUUACUCAAAAGUGAGUCACCCAGUAAAAUACUACUUGAGUAAAAGUAUUUGGUUUUAAAUAUACUUAAGUAUCAAAAGUAAAGUAUAAAUAAUUUCAAAUUCCCUACAUUCAACAAACCAGACGGCAUCAUUUUUUUUGCUUUUUGUUUAUUUACAGAUAGCCAGGGGCACACUCCAACACUCAGACAUAAUUUACAAAUGAAGCAUUUGUGUUUAGUGAGUCUGCCAGAU